UGUUUCCGAAAACACCCGGAAGUCGGUCCACAACGGAGCAUUUCAGACAGGCACACUAUCGGCCGUGAGCGUAUCACUCUGUUUUUAUCGUCACCCCAGUUUUGUGUGGGUUUGUUGCACAUUUAACGAGACCUCUAAAGUAUUUCAGCUUCCAUCAUGUCUGCGCUAUGUUACAAUAAGGGAUGUGGUCAGCGAUUUGACCCUGAAAAUAACCCCGAAGAUGGGUGUACCUAUCAUCCAGGAGUCCCAGUGUUCCAUGAUGCAUUAAAGGGCUGGUCCUGCUGCAAGAGAAGAACUACUGACUUCUCAGACUUUCUCAGCAUUGCUGGCUGCACAAAGGGGUCUCAUAACAAAGAGAAGCCCCCAGAGCCGGUGAAGCCAGAUGUGAAGUCGUCUGGAGAAAAGAAAGAGGCAGAAGAACUGAAACCAAAAUUUAAUGAGUACAUCAUCUCUGCACCGAAACCUAUCGAUGCAAUAAACAGACCAAGUCCCGAUGAGCCGAUGGUGAGAUUGCAGCAUAAAGUCGCCUCGUCUCUAAAAACAGCUCUAGAAAAGUUGAAGCUGUCGGAGAACGCGGCUGAAAAGAAAGAGGAAGACAGCGACGAGAUCAAGAUUGGAACAUCCUGUAAAAAUGGGGGCUGCACUAAAAGUUUUGAAGGCCCUGCAAGUGAUUCAGAAACUUGCAUGUACCACUCUGGAUGCCCAAUCUUCCAUGAAGGGAUGAAAUACUGGAGCUGCUGCAAGCGGAAAACGUCUGAUUUUAACACCUUCCUCUCCCAGGAGGGCUGUACCAAGGGGACACAUCUAUGGAGGAAAAAGGAUGCGGGUCUCAAAGUUGUCCCGUGUCGUUUUGACUGGCACCAAACAGGAGCUCAGGUCAUCAUUUCAAUCUAUGCCAAGAACUCCAUCCCAGAACAGAGCUACGUGGAUGCCAACAGCACCACUCUCAACAUUCACGUUAUAUUUGAAGGAGAGAAGGAAUUCCAGCAGAAAAUAAGCCUCUGGGGAGUGAUUGAUGUUAGCAAGAGUCAGGUCAACAUGAUGGCGUCUAAGAUCGAAAUCGCCAUGAAAAAGUCAGAGCCCAUGUCUUGGGCUCGCCUGGACCUUCCUCCUCCUGCUGCACCAAAAGACACUGAGCAGAAAAAACAUGCAGAAAGUGACGAAGAGGAUGAAAGUUGAAAUUACCACAAAACGUGUCUGUAUAUUUUUAACCGGAUACAAAACUGCGGUCCAUUUUUCACCUUUCCACAAGUCAAAAUCUUUUCGCAUUUUUACCCUCUGCUCCUCAGCACUUCAGUGUUUGGACCAACUUUCGUUGUAGUGUUAUUUUUAUAAAAUACAUAGUUUUCAAAAGCACUCAUUGGGAUAAAAACACUUGUAGGAGUCAAGCAGUGGUCCAGUGGCUUCUACUUAUCUUUGCUCUAUGCCCAGACAGAGCAGGAGUGUGGAGGCGCUCUGAUCUGUAAUACUACAAUUAAUCAUUUUUCUCUUGUCUUCAGCCCAUUAUUGACCUUUUUCUGACAUUUGCAUGGCAUAACCGUAAAGCUCUCAGACAUUUGCACAAUACUGCAAAUAAAGUUUUUGUUCUUCCAUUUAAUUCAACUUUAAAGUGCACUAUGACUUUUUUGAUUUGGAGGGGGGUCUGUCACCUGCUUGUCUCCAUGUAGAUGAGUAACUAAUAUAUUUUGCAUUUAUUCAAUUCCAGAUGACUAAAAUUCUGGGCUCUCCUUUCCGCAGAUCUGACCUGGAACCCAGCCUGUUGGUGUCACCUGCUUGUCUCCUUGGAGAUGAUGAAAUGCAAUACCAUCUCCAUGUGGAGGAGCAGGUGGCGAAUGUAGUUAGUGCACCUUUUAAGUACCACAGUUGGUUUUGUUUUUCUUUUUUAUGCCUCUUUACCUUCUCUCAAUAUGAUCUAUUACAGUUAUUCAUCAGAUUUGCUGGUAAUUCUUUAUAAUCCAUUGUCCUGUUAGUUGUUUUUGUGAUAUACUAUGUACUGUAUCCAUAAACACUGUAUGUCUGAUGUCAGUUAUAUUUUUUUUAUUAAACAAAAGGGUAACAAAAUCUAAAGAUCAGGUUAUAAAAAUCCCUUGAGUCUUGAUUGUAUUAACCUGUAAUGAUUCAACAUCGAUUCACUCUGUAAAUUGCAUGUUGUACAAAAUGUUAUUUUAUUUUUCCAACAUAUUAUAUUAUAUUUCAUGUUUAUUUUUAUCAGAAUGUAAAAUAUGUGAGAAUGCGGAAAAGUACUGUAAAAUACUGUAUAAUUUGCAGCAGCAUGCAUCAAAGUGCAGAAUGUACAAAGACCAUUGCCAGUUUCAAUUGGGAUCCUGUGAAAAACAAAAUACCCAAAAUAAACUUUUGAGAUAA